AUGUCCCCAUUGCUAUUCGUAUUGGGCAUGGAAUACUUAUCAAGAAUACUUAAGAAAGUGGGAGAAUGGCCAGGCUUCACAUUCCAUGAUAGAUGUUCUAGUAUGAAGUUGAACCAUCUCUGUUUUACUGACGACCUUUUAAUUUUCAGCAAUGGGGAUUUUAUUUCCAUAAUGCUGAUGCUUAAAGGGCUGAAGUUGUUUUCUACAACCUCUGGUCUUCUCCCUAACGAGCAAAAAACUGCCAUUUAUUGCUCUGGAAUGGCAGAUGGAGAUGUUCAAAGAAUACUUGAGGCAUCAAAAUUUAAGAGAAGCUCUCUUCCAUUUAGAUAUUUGGGGACUCCUAUAUGUUCAAGGAAGAUCAGUAAAGCCGAAUGUCAAGAACUCCUUGAGAAAAUGGUGAGCAGAAUCCGAGCUUGGAGCACGAGGAAUAUUUCAUACAUGGGAAGAGUAACUUUAAUAAAUGCUGUCUUGAUAUCUAUUCACACUUACUGGGCACAGAUAAUGAUCUUACCUAAGAAGCUACUCAAGGAUAUAGAAGCCACAUGCAGGUCCUUUUUAUGGAAAGGAAUACAAGGAGGAGCAGGCCCUGGUUUAAUCGCAUGGGAUGCAAUCUGCAAUACAAAAAACUCGGGGGGACUUGGCUUUAGGAAUAUUCAACAGUGGAAUAUAGCAGCUCUUGGCAGGUACGUGUGGGACAUUGCAAGUAAGAAGGAUUGUCUAUUUGUGAGGUGGAUUCACUCAGUUUAUUUGAAAGAUCAGCAAUGGUGGGAGUAUGAUGCUCCCAAUGACUGCAGCUGGUAUUGGAAAAAAGUUGUUGGAGUGAAGAAUCGGUUGAAGGAGAAAAUUGGUGUUGCUGGUUUUUUAAUGCAGCAGUACACGAUUCAAGGUGGAUUCAAACUGCUCUUCACCAACAAUGAUAAAGUUACUUGGCAUAGAGAUGUAUGGGAUCGACUUAGUAUUCCAAAACACAAAUUCAUAUUUUGGCUAGUCAUGUGGGGAAGGUUAAACACCAAAGAGAGGAUAGCCAAAUAUGACAUACACAUAGAUGAGACAUGUCUUUUCUGUGGAAAAGAGAAAGAAUCGACCAGUCAUCUGUUUUUUGCUUGUGAUUACAGUAGGAAGUGCUCGCAACAACUUAAAGCCUGGCUGUCAUGGAGAACAAAUGCAGAUUCAAUCCACAACCUGCUUUGA